AUGUGUAAUGAUAAUAAUUUAAAAUGGAAACCAGAAGAGUUUGGUAAUAUUCAAACACUACGAAUACUAAUUAAUGCUUUUGUGCAACAUAAUGGUGAUAUACAAUAUGUUCCACCAGUAUUAUUCAAAUCAAUUUGUUCAUUUAAUAUGGCUGCAUUUCCAUUUGUUCGUAAAUAUAUUUGUAAUUAUUUAGCAUACUUAUUACUUAUGAAACGUUCCGGUCAUGAUUUGAGUUGGCGUGGAAUUCGUUGUCAAUGGACUUCUUCGAAACAAGAAUCGAAUAAUGUAAAUAAAUCGAUCGAUAAUCAUCAUUUGAAGAUUUUUCUACAACUAUCAUCGAAUAAUAUAUUUGAAUUGUUGGACAAGAAACCUUCAGAAUUCUUGGAAAAUCAAAAUAUAUCAAAAGAAUUGUGUACAUGUGAUGUGAAUAUUAUUCGUUCUGAGUUACGUGUUAUUAUUCUUGUUAAUUAUUUUCGAGAAAAAGAAGAAGAAGAUGAUGAUAAAUCUCAAGAUUGGCAAUUUGUAGAAAUGCUCAUCGAUUGUCUUUGUCUAAUGAUUUUUGCUACAAUCAUCAUUUUUUUAUACUCUACUUACUUUUCUUAACAUUUAACUAUUUUUUUUUCAAACUUCAAUUUAUUUCGUUUCUUAUUUAGUAGUGAAGCAAUUUUUAUCUUAUAAUCUUUUUCUUUUGAAUACAGAUGUUUUUAUACACUCUAUAGAUAACAUACUAGCAAUUGUAUACAAAUUCUGCGAAUUUUGUCAAGUAGAUAUGCACUAGCUCUGACAUUCUUAUUAACAAUUAUUGUCGACAUCAAAACAUAAUGAAUCUCGAGAUUUUUUAAAUAUCUCGUGAACAAAAGUAGCUAGAAAUUUAAGGCUUUUACCAUUUGAAAGACAAAGUAAUCGAUCAAUCGUGUCAACACUCAUCAAUCAUCUUGAAGAGUAUCUAGGGAAAUUAUUUCUCCUUGGAUUUUAGAUUUCAAUAUGAUCAUUCGAUGGAAAAAAUUGUUCACUUUCGAUCUAGACAAUGGUUGACCUCACUAGUUUACUUUUCAUAAGAUCUAUAAGCAUUUUCCUGAAAUAUUCAAAAUCGAUCAGAUAACCUUCAAUGAUCAUGGUGAGUUUAGUGUUGAUGUUUGUUUUUUUGUUUCAAAGCAAUUUGAAGUCAGUAUAUAAAAAAUUUUUUAUUUAUCAGUAUUCUCACGCAUAUAUCAAGAUAAGUGAUACUAUCGGAAAUUUUGAUAUACUGACGUGAAAUUGCUUUGAAACUAAAAACAAAUUUCACCACUAAACUCACCAUGAUCAUUGAUAGUUAUCUGGUCGAUGUUGAGGAUUUCAGGAAAAUGGGGUGUGGGUGUGGGUGUGGGUGUGGGUGUGGGGUGUGGGUGUGGGGGGUGUGGGUGGGUGUGGGUGUGGGUG